AUGCGGCGCCUGACUCGCCGCCUGGCGCUGCCCAUCUUCGGGGUGCUCUGGAUCACCGUGCUGUUGUUCUUCUGGGUCACCAAGAGGAAGUUGGAGGUGCCGCUGGGACCCGAAGUGCAGACCCCUAAGCCUUCUGAUGCCGAUUGGGAUGACCUGUGGGAGCAGUUUGAUGAGCGGCGGUAUCUGAAUGCCAAAAAGUGGCGCGUUGGCGAUGAUCCCUACAAGCUGUAUGCCUUCAACCAGCGGGAGAGCGAGCGGAUCUCCAGCAAUCGGGCUGUCCCAGACACACGCCAUAAGAGAUGUUCACUGCUGGUGUACUGCACGGACCUUCCUCCCACCAGCAUCAUCAUCACCUUCCACAACGAGGCACGCUCCACUCUGCUCAGAACCAUCUGCAGUGUGUUAAACCGCACCCCUAUGCAUCUGAUCCAGGAAAUCAUAUUAGUGGAUGACUUCAGCAAUGACCCUGAGGACUGCAAGCAGCUCGCCAAGCUGCCCAAGGUGAAGUGCUUGCGCAACAGCGAGCGGCAAGGUCUGGUCCGGUCCCGGAUGCGGGGUGCGGACAUUGCCCAGGGCACCACUCUGACAUUCCUGGACAGCCACUGUGAGGUGAACAGGGAUUGGCUGCAGCCCCUGUUACAUAGGGUCAAAGAGGAUUACACAAGGGUAGUCUGCCCUGUUAUUGACAUCAUUAACCUGGACACCUUCAAUUACAUUGAGUCUGCCUCAGAGCUCAGAGGGGGGUUUGACUGGAGCCUGCACUUCCAGUGGGAGCAGCUCUCCCCGGAGCAGAAGGCUUUGCGCCUGGACCCCACCGAGCCCAUCCGGACUCCAAUCAUAGCUGGAGGGCUCUUCGUGAUUGACAAAGCCUGGUUUGAUUACCUGGGUAAAUAUGACGUCGACAUGGACAUCUGGGGUGGGGAGAACUUUGAAAUCUCCUUCCGAGUGUGGAUGUGUGGAGGCAGCCUAGAGAUCAUCCCCUGCAGCCGGGUGGGGCACGUCUUCAGGAAAAAGCAUCCAUAUAAUUUCCCUGAUGGAAACGCCAACACAUACAUAAAGAACACCAAGAGGACAGCUGAAGUGUGGAUGGAUGAAUACAAACAGUACUACUACGCAGCCCGACCUUUCGCCCUGGAGAGACCCUUCGGGAACAUUGAGAACAGGCUGAACCUAAGGAAGAAUCUACACUGCCAGACCUUCAAGUGGUACCUGGAGAAUGUCUACCCAGAACUCAGGGUGCCCUCAGACUCCUCCAUCCAGAGGGGCAAUAUCCGGCAGAGGCAGAAGUGCCUGGAGUCUCAAAAGCAGAAAAACCAAGAGACUCCACACCUCAGGCUAAGCCCCUGCACCAAGGUCAAAGGAGAAGAAGCAAAGUCUCAGGUGUGGGCUUUCACGUACACUCAGCAGAUCAUCCAGGAAGAGCUGUGCCUCUCUGUUGUCACCCUGUUCCCCGGCGCCCCGGUGGUUCUUGUCAUGUGCAAGAAUGGGGAUGAAAGGCAGCAAUGGAUGAAGACAGGUGCUCGCAUUGAGCAUAUGGCAUCCCACCUCUGCCUGGACACAGACAUGUUCGGAGACAGCAGCGAGGAUGGCAAAGAGGUCGUCGUUAAUCCUUGUGAGUCAUCACUCAUGAGCCAGCACUGGGACAUUGUGAGCUCAUGAGGACCCUAGGCGGAUCCAGCUGCGGAUCAGGGAUGGUGCUUCCCUGGACCAAAAUAAACUGGAACCCAGACUGUGAACAGCCCAUGUCUGCACCAGGUGCCCUUGACUGGAGGUAGAGCAAAGUCCCCCAGGACAGGAGCAACUGACUCAGGGAAGAUGGAGGGGAA